AUGGGUCGUGGUCCUAAGAAGCACCAGAAGCGUCUGUCAGCGCCCAAGCACUGGCUGCUUGACAAGCUCAGCGGUCUUUAUGCUCCCAAGGCCUCUCCCGGUCCGCACAAGCUGCGCGACUGCAUGCCUCUCGUCGUGUUCAUCCGCAACCGACUGAAGUAUGCGCUCAACACCCGCGAAACCAAGGCCAUUGUCAUGCAGCGCCUGAUCAAGGUCGAUGGCAAGGUCCGCACCGACCCUACCUUCCCAGCUGGUUUCAUGGAUGUCAUCGGAAUCGAGAAGACCGGCGAGAACUUCCGGUUGAUCUACGACACCAAGGGCCGUUUCACCGUCCACCGCAUCACAUCCGAGGAGGCACAAUACAAGUUGGGCAAGGUUAAGAGAGUACAACUUGGCAAGGGCGGCAUUCCAUUCUUGGUUACGCAUGACGCACGCACUAUCCGAUACCCCGACCCUGCGAUCAAGGUCAACGACACCGUCAAGAUCAACCUCGAGACUGGCAAGAUUGAGGACUUCAUCCGAUUCGACACUGGCGUCAUCGCCAUGGCCACUGGUGGACGUAACAUGGGUCGUGUUGGUAUCAUCACCCACCGUGAGCGUCACGAUGGAGGUUUCAACAUCGUUCACAUCAAGGACGCCAUCGACAACGAGUUUGCCACUCGUGAGUCCAACGUCUUCGUCAUUGGCCGUGAAAAGCCGUGGGUCAGCCUGCCCAAGGGCAAGGGUGUGAAGCUCAGCAUUGCUGAGGAGCGUGACCGAAGACGCGCUUACAACGCCGCGAACUAGAGUGUAAUGAUCCUUCCAUGACCAUAUACGCCGUGUUCGUUUGUAACUUCUCCGACUUGACGAAAAUCUCUUUCAAUAUCAUGGGGAGGUACAGUGCAGACAGAGGUAGUUCUCUGCGAGGCGUGAUUGCCCGUUUUCUGCAUGAGUGUUCCUUCUCCGGCGUCCGGCGAUGACUUUCUUGACAUAGCAGGUGCACUUCAAGUAGUG